AUGUCUCCUACAACCAUGUUCUCCCCAGGGCCUACGCUGCGCGGACAUCAUUUUACAGGGGCGCUUGAAAGCGAACUGCAGGGGGCACAGACUAUGCACUCCAGGUUCCCCGAGCCUCUGAAAGCCGCUUUCCUCAAGGCCAUGCCGAGAAUCAAGUCUCAUCUUGAUCAGUGCCAUCUCCGCCUCACGGAAUUGCUGACGAUGACGCAGUUCAAAUUCACAAGAUUGGUGCAGAUACUUGAAGAGCAACACGAGAAGAGUCACGAGAAAGGAAUGGCUGCAUUGAAAGACAAAGUUAAAUGGAGCGGUAGCUUUAUGGAUGUCCAGUGCAGCAUCAUGAGCUGCGAUCACCUUGCAUUCUCAAAAUCUAUUAUUCGUCGCUUUAUCCGUGACUGUGUUGAUCGUGAUGCUGCACGUUCUCCACUGCUUCCACACAAUGUUCUCAUCCCACGCGAGGGUCCCAUCCUACAUGAGGCUCCUUUACACUGUGACAUGCACGAGCUUCCCAGUCAUCCUCGCGAGCCAUCUGUGCCAUUGCGAGAGCCUCUGCUUCAUCGUGAUCCCUCCGUGCACUCUUGUGAUCCCUCUGUGCACUCUCGUGAUCCCUCUGGUGCACCCGCGUGA